CCAGGGCCGGUGCCCCCGCAUCGGCCAGACCCGUGACGUCCACAUCUACCGGCUCAUCAGCGAGAGGACGGUGGAGGAGAAUAUCCUCAAGAAGGCCAACCAGAAGAGGAUGCUGGGAGAUAUGGCCAUCGAGGGGGGGAACUUCACCACCGCCUACUUCAAGCAGCAAACGAUCCGGGAGCUGUUCGACAUGGCGCCGGAGGAGCCGGGGCGCCGGGAGCCAGACAGGGACAAGGAGAAGGAGAAGGAGAAGGAGAGGGACAAGGACAGGGACGGGGACGUCCCCCUCGAUGAAGACGAGGACCCGGUGGCCACCCGGCGCACCCACAUCCUUGAGCAGAUGGCCGACCUGGCCCACACAAAAUGGCCGAUGGGGCCCCCAAGAUGGCCGACUGGAACAUCCCCAAAUGGCUGCCCAGGUGACCCCAAGAUGGCCGACAGUGACGCCAAGAUGGCCGACCUGGCAGACGGAUGA